AUGAUGCUCAAGCUUUAUUUUCUAGGCUUCCUCUUCAGUUUCUCCCUGGCUGGUGUGGCAGAAACUCAGCUAAAAUGUGAGUCUCUGAAACCUCAAAAAGUACAUUUUAAGUCCAGAAAUUUCCACAACAUUUUGCACUGGCAGCCUGGGAGAGCUUGUACCUUCAACAGCAGUUUCUCGAGCAGCAUUUUCUAUACUGUGCAGUAUAAAAUAUAUGGAGAGGGAUCAUGGAUAAAUAAAGAAAACUGUAGCAAUACUCAACAACUCUUUUGUGACCUUACAACUGAGACUUCACUUAUACAAGAAGCUUAUUAUGGGAGGGUGAGGGUGAACUACACUGGGAGGCUCUCAGACUGGGUGAUCACAGAACGAUUUAUUCCCCGUUGGAAAACAAAAAUAGACUCUCCAUCCAUGAAUGUAACACAAGGUAACCAGUCUUUGUUGGUGAGUCUCUGUGCUCCAAAUUUACCUGGUAAAGCACCCAGAGAGAAUAGUAUGACAAUGGAGGAUUACUAUGAACUAGUAUAUCGAGUAUUUAUAACUAAUAUGUCCCUGGGAAAGGAAAAAAUGGUAUAUGAAGGAACUCAGAAGAUUGCUGAAAUUGAGUCUCUAACACCCCACCAAACCUUCUGUGUAGUCGCUGAAAUGUAUCAGCCGAUGUUUGGCAGAAGAAGCCAGAGAAGUGAAAAGAGAUGUGUGGAAAUUUCUUGA